CCUCAGGGAAUUCCUGGAAUCCCUGGAAAUCAAGGAGUCAAAGGACAAAAGGGUGAAAUUGGACCGCCAGGUCAACCAGGAGCAAAAGGGUCACCCGGAGAUACUGGUUUGAUGGGACCAGAAGGUUCACUUGGUCUACCUGGAGCUCCUGGGCCUAAGGGUGAUAAAGGUGAACCGGGAAUUCAGGGGAAACCAGGAUCGUCAGGAGCCAAGGGAGAACUAGGAGUACCAGGUGCUCCAGGUGAACCAGGCUACCCAGGCAUUCCUGGUAUCCAGGGCAUAAAGGGUGACAAAGGAAACCAAGGUGACAGUGGAAUCCAGGGAAUGAAAGGAGAAAAAGGAAGACAAGGAAAUCCAGGCUUACAGGGAGUAGAAGGAUUGAGUGGAGAACGAGGAGAGAAAGGUGAGAAAGGAGAUCCAGGCAUUCCAGGCAUAAGUGGACAAAAAGGAGAAUCUGGUGUCCAGGGUUUGGUUGGACCUCCUGGUCUCAGAGGUCAGCCGGGAGACAGAGGACUCCCAGGACCACCUGGAUCAGAUGGAAAGCCUGCACGAGAAUUUUCAGAAGAAUUUAUUCGACAGGUGUGUUCAGAUGUACUGAGAACCCAGUUGCCUGCCAUCCUCCAGAGUGGAAGACUACAAAGCUGUAACCAUUGUCAGUCCCAAAGUGCUCCCCCAGGACUUCCAGGACCACCAGGUCCAAGAGGCCCUGAAGGACCAAGAGGGUUUCCUGGUUUACCAGGGAAUGAUGGCAUCCCAGGGCUGAUGGGCAUCCCAGGUCGCCCUGGGGCUCGUGGAACAAGAGGACUACCAGGGAAAAACGGUGCAAAAGGCAAUCAAGGAAUUGGGGUUCCUGGGAUCCAAGGCCCCCCAGGACCUCCAGGUCCUGAAGGUCCGCCAGGUAUGAGUAAGGAAGGACGUCCAGGGGAGCGUGGGCAGCCUGGUAAAGAUGGAGAUCGUGGCACUCCGGGAAUGCCUGGACCAGUCGGACCCCCUGGAAUUUGUGAUCCAUCGCUAUGUUUUAGUGUAAUUGUGGGGAGAGAUCCAUUUAGAAAAGGGCCAAAUUAUUAAUUUGUGAUAAUGAUAAUUUAGAAGAAUAGGUAUGGUCUUCUAUGGUCUUUCAAAUCUCAGGAAGGUGACCAGCAAUAAUCCAAUAAACAGGAACAAAAGUACCUCUGACAUUAGAAACAUUAUAAACAUUAUAAAUAAUGAACCCAAAGGUUAUACAUUCCUUUAGACAAGAAACUCCAAAACUCCAAUGACUUUUUUUUAUACCUUGCACUGGUUGAAUAUCAACUGUUUUUGAAGAUAUCAUUAGUUUU